UGAUCACUGCGAAAUUAUAUUCUCUGGAGCUUUGUUGUCUACAGCUAAAAUCUGAAGGCAGCUUUUUUGUAUAUGGCAGAAACCAACAGUGGCUUUAGCAGCGUAUGUGAAGAACAGGGAAAAACUACCAACUCAGGAUGUCGUCUGAGGAGGAAGAUCAUCCAGAGACCCCCAUUGGCUCCCCUUGGUCUUGGAUUCCGUUGAUGAAAGAUCCCGGUUGGAUUCGAAAUGUCUGGACACGUAAUCUAAAUGUCCAAACCAUGAAUUACGUUGGACAGUUAGCAGGGCAAGUGUUUGUAACUGUGAAGGAGCUCUAUAAGGGUCUAAACCCAGCCACACUGUCAGGAUGUAUAGAUAUAAUCGUUGUACGUCAGCCAGAUGGAAAUCUUCAGUGUUCCCCUUUUCACGUUCGCUUCGGGAAAAUGGGAGUUCUACGUUCCAGGGAGAAAGUGGUUGACAUAGAAAUUAAUGGAGAGGCUGUAGAUUUGCACAUGAAACUGGGAGACAAUGGGGAGGCCUUUUUUGUGCAGGAGACAGAUAAUGAUCAGGAGGUAAUUCCUUAUCAUCUCUCCACAUCUCCAAUUCUGUCUGAGGGGACUGCCUUAAUGGAAUCCCAGCUGAAGAGGAAUUCCAUAGACAGGAUACGAAACCUGGACACCAAUGCAUCUUCACAAGUCCCACCCCAAGCCCAUGGAUCCCAGCCUUCUACUGAAACAUCUCCAGUCUGUAGCUCUGUGAAAAAAAGGAGGAAGAAGAGGAGGAAGUCAACUCAUAAAAUAGACAGCUUAAAAAGAGAAGACACACAUGGAGACACAUCAGAAGAUGAAGACUUGUUUCCCAUAGAGAUUAGCUCAGAGGAAGAAAAAGAGCCAUUGGACAAUUCAAGGAUCCCUGUUCCAGAUGUGUUUGUUGAUGAUGUAUCUGACAUAAAGGCUCCUUCAGUUUCUGUGCUUUCUCAGUCUGCACCUUACCCUCAUUCAGAUGGAGAAUGGUCACCUCUUCAAAGUAAGGCUAUAGAUUGUACAGGGCAAGCCACUCUCCUCACUGUUCCAGCAGACAGAGGCCUAUCUAAUUCUUGUCCUCAACAAUCUUCUCACUCUUCUCUUCUAGACAGCCCAUCAGACUCACGUCCUCCUACUCCUCAAAGUGACUCAGAAUUAGUCAGUAAACCCACAGACAGAAGUGGACUGAAGAAUAAUCCCCAUAUGCACUGGGCAUGGGGAGAGCUACCCCAGGCUGCAAAGGCCAGUUCUCUGCUCAAAGCAAAGGAACCCAGCAUGGUAGAUGCAAAUCCUUCUGAAAGCACUCACUUUCGGGUCAUCCAAAGCUCUCCUGUAGAGGAGUUUAACACAGUGUCUCCUCUACCUGCCCUUGGACAAGCAGAUGCAGCAAUUGCUGAUGAAAGUGAGCCCUUACCAGCUGAGACAAAUAAGCCAGAGACAGAGCUGCCAGGAGCAGCUGAACCCCCAUUGCCUGCAAAUGAAGAAAUAAAGCAAGCUGCAGCUUGCUCAGCCCAACCCACUGGCAAGACGGAUUCCCCUUCCAGAAAGAAAGACAAACGGAGUCGGCAUCUUGGUGCUGAUGGUGUCUAUUUAGAUGACCUCACUGACAUGGAUCCAGAAGUUGCUGCACUUUAUUUCCCCAAAAAUGGGGAUAAUGCCCAAAGCAAGAGCAUGGCUGACGUGGGGCCACGGCCGUCCAGCCACUCUCCGCAGUCUGUCGGGAGCUCUGGUGUUGACAGUGGGGCUGAAAGCACCUCGGAUGGAGUUCGGGAUUUGCCCUCCAUCGCCAUUUCUCUCUGCGGAGGCCUUACUGAGAACAAAGAGAUAACCAAAGAAGAGUUCUUAGAACAUGCAGUAACGUAUCAGCAGUUUGUGGACAAUCCUGCUAUCAUUGAUGACCCUAACCUUGUGGUUAAGAUUGGAAAUAAGUACUACAACUGGACGACAGCUGGUCCCCUUCUACUGGCAAUGCAGGCAUUCCAGAAACCCUUGCCAAAGGCAACUGUGGAAUCUAUAAUGAGGGACAAGAUGCCAAAGAAAGGUGGAAGAUGGUGGUUUUCAUGGCGAGGGAGGAACAGCACUAUUAAAGAGGAAACAAAGCCAGAGCAAGGUAUGAGUGAGAGUGGACUUACAGAAGACUCUUCACAGAUGAGCAGGGCAAACAGAAUAAAAGAUGAAUCUUCUUCAAGCGAUGAAGACCCUAGAGCUGCCAAACAAAACCUCGGGUCAUUACAAACCAACUCCAGUCAUCUCUCGUUAUUGUCUGGAAUCAGUUACAAAAAAUCACUUCGCCUCACUUCUGACCAACUUAAAAGCUUAAAGCUCAAGAAUGGCCCCAAUGAUGUGACCUUUAGUGUUACAACCCAGUAUCAAGGCACUUGCCGCUGUGAAGGUACCAUUUACCUAUGGAAUUGGGAUGAUAAAGUUGUUAUUUCUGAUAUUGAUGGAACAAUCACACGGUCAGAUACUUUAGGUCAUAUUUUGCCAACUCUUGGCAAAGACUGGACACACCAAGGGAUUGCGAAGUUGUACCAUAAAGUGAGCCAAAAUGGAUAUAAAUUUUUGUACUGCUCAGCACGAGCUAUUGGAAUGGCAGGCAUGACCAGAGGAUACUUGCACUGGGUCAAUGAAAGAGGAACUGUGCUGCCUCAGGGGCCAGUUUUGCUGAGUCCAAGCAGCCUAUUCUCAGCUCUUCACAGGGAGGUCAUAGAAAAGAAACCAGAAAAAUUUAAAGUUCAGUGUUUGACAGACAUCAAGAAUUUGUUUUAUCCUAACACAGAACCCUUUUAUGCUGCUUUUGGAAACAGACCUGCUGAUGUUUAUUCAUACAAACAAGUCGGGGUUUCUUUAAACAGAAUAUUUACAGUUAAUCCCAAAGGAGAACUUAUACAAGAGCAUGCAAAAACAAACAUCUCAUCCUAUGUCCGACUCUGUGAAGUGGUAGACCAUAUUUUCCCUUUGCUGAAAAGAAGUCAUUCUUCAGACUUCCCAUGUUCUGACACCUACAGCCAGUUCACCUACUGGAGAGAACCUCUGCCUCCAUUUGAAACUCAGGAUGUACAUCCAGCCUCAUCUUAACCCCAUCUCCAAAUUGUUGGUCUCACUUCAAAUAAUGGGUUGGCUUGUGUUGGAAGGACACUACUUGGCUUUUGCUGUUGACAGUUCAGUUGGAAUCUGUGAAGUUUUGAGCAUUGUAAUCCUCUGUUGUGAGCAAACUUGGAAUGCUUUUUUUAUGCUUUUUAUAUACUUAGUCAGGUUUCCAGACAAGAGGAGUCUUGCUAGAAAUAGGAGUUGCUUUUCUAGGUCCUCUCUCAGCUCCUCAAAUUUUGCCAUGCACUUUCAUUAUAUAAGAUCAAUUAAAAGUGCAGUGAUGCUGGGGUUGCAGGUAAAACAUGCCAUAAGGUUGUAAAGUGAUUCCACAUCUGUUCUGCAUCACUGAAGCCAUCUUCCAUCCUGUCAGAACCCCUUGCCAGUAAGGGAGCUGAAGGUGCUCACCAUUCCUGACAUUAUCUGGUGUUACAGACAGGGAUUGCAAUCUAUAUAUCAAAAUCCUGCUCUCUGAAGGAGCAAUUGAUUCUUCCCCUCUCCCCUUGCUUGACCAACAACUGUUUGUUUAAGAGUUAAUUAUUGGUCUAGAUUCUCAGCAGAUGUAAAUCAGUGUAGCUGUGAAACCCAAUUGAGCUGUGUUUGAUUUAUUCCAGCCUGUUUUGACAUGGGACAUUUCUGAGGAAAUUAGUUAUGUGUAUUCUAAAUAGAAAGUACAUUAAAUAGGAUGCCAGAUUCUUUCAGUCUUUCUCAGUCUGAGAACUAUCAUGCUUCAAGAGUAGCUUUUUGGAUCAAGGUAAGUGUUCAAAUGGAAAAUACAGGCCACUGUGGAUAGUGCCCGCCUUACUGAAGUGGCUGAUUUUGAGUAAACACAUCUUUCACACACAGUGUGCUGAGGUUGAAGAUUUUUUACUGAGCCAAAAAUAGUAAGGAUUUUAUCAAAAUGGAAUAGUUUUGUUUGAAAUAUUAUUUUGGUUAAAAUGUGAAUUUUGAUGCUGGUGAAUGAUGUAUCUCAGGUUUUUACUGUAUGGAUUUUUUUGCUUUGUUUUGUAUCAUAAAGAAUGGAUACUUUUAGUGCAAUUUACUCUCCUUUAAGGCAAUGAAAUAGCCUCUUUUCUUUUUUUUUCCUUAUUUAUCCAGACACAAGCUGUAGAUAUUGCUUUUGACAGCCUUAAGACUGAACUGUGUGCACUAAAAGCAAUACUGUGGAUCAGUUGAUAACAUUUUUCAAAUGGUCUGCCUUUAGACAAUGUGGUACUUAAAAUAUGGACUCCAAGUGCCCACAUGCCAAAUUAUUUCAAAUGUGUCGUAGUUAGGAAAGAAACUUACUUCUUCUUUUUGAAAUACACUGAAAAGUCUAAUUGCUCUCUGAAAUGCUGAAAAUGGCAUCAUGGGUUUCUGUGUACAUUGUAUUUCAGUAUGACUACACUGGUGGUUCACAAGCUGUGGUCUCUGCCAGCCUGUGAUCCGAGGCUAUAGUAGGUGUUUUGCAACUGCUUUGUAGUGUUUUCACUUAAGAGUUUAAUAACAGGAAGGCAGAGUGGUCCAGCAGAAAUUUUAAGAUGUGAUUGUGGUUGGCUAUCACCCAGAAAUUUGGAAAUGACUGCUCUGGAUCACAUUUGUUCUGUAACAACAGAUUCUGGUUUUACACAUCAAGAGUGAUAGCAGUGUAGAUAGGAUGGUAACUCUCUGGUAGGGUUUUUCUAAGUUUACUACUGAAGACUUUAUCUGGGAUCUUAGUGGGCCAAUUAAUGUUUUCUCUGUGCCUUCAAUAGUAAUGAGAACAAGUGCAAUGCUUUACAUAGCUGCAGUGUGCAGUGGAGAGUCCUCCCCAAGUCUUCUUUUCACAUGAAGGUUGCUACUUCAGGAAAGGUAAAUAUCUGCUUUGGACAUAUCAGGACACAAAGAGGAAGAAAUGAGUAUUUGAUAAGCCAGAACUGAUUGUGUUCUCUUGAAAGUUUAAAGCAAAUGCAAAUAUCUUUUUACUUCAAGGUGUAAGAAAUACGGGGUAGAUUUUCUGAAAGACAAUCAGUGGGGAUUGCAGAUUGCCAAACUGAGAUGGUUUCAUCUCUAAAUGUAGCCACACUUUCCUUUAAUUAUCUGUUAAUACUUGUCAUUAAUGAUUGAAUAUAUGGACAGAUGUACUAGCUGCAUCCUAUUUAAAUUCAGUUUUGGUAAAGGCCUACUUCAAGCCAUUUAUUAUGUAAGAUAUAUAAAAUAAAACAGUGAGAGGCUGACAGUUUUGUGGUUUUUAUCCUUAACAGUAGUUAAAAUCUAUUUUCCCAAGAUGCUACACACAGCAGCUCCUACCAGAAAAGAUGGUCCCUGAAUGUUCUCCACAAUUAAAGCCUGUGAUAUAACUUAAUAAAUAUAUAUUAUAACUUAAUAAAUAGGCAGUCCAGGGUUGUUUGUUGGCUUUAGUGUUUAAAACCAAAUGAUAGUGUGAAUGAGGAACUAUUUUAAUUGUCAGAUCACAGUGGCCACAGUGCAGUGCUGGUACAGGUAACCCUGAAGUGCUGCAGAAUCUGUCCCAGUUUUUCAAGAUUUGGUUAAACAGGGUUAUGGCUGACUUUUCUAUUGUUGGUAACCAUCUGCUUUAAGGCUGAAGUUGGACUGCAUGACCUCCAGGGGUCCCUUCUGACCAACUUUUCUGUGAUUCUGUGACUUUCAGUACUUCAGUUCUGAGUUGCUGCAUCCCUCAUUGUAUCCAAAAUUGAAAUCUAGCUGAAGAGUGUGAGGAAUGUGUGUUGCUGUAACUUUUUAUCAAAUUUACUGACUAAAAAGACACUUACAUGAAAAUCAAGGAUUUGACCUGCUAGAAGCAUCACCAUACUUUUCCAGAAAGUAUAAGACAUUUUGAUUUGGUAACUGAAUAAUUUUAGUACAAUAUUUAAAUUUCUUUGUUAACUCAUUUAGAAGAAAAAAGUGUGGUUUAAAAAAUUGCUACUCUUUCUGUGAAAGAAAAAAAAUCAACUGUGCUUGCAGUGUAAUGCUGGUUUUUGUUACAGAAAGAAUAUGUUAACAUAAGUAUGUAGACACAUUAAAUCACAGUAUAUUCUAUUCAUACAAUACACAGAAACUAGAAUAUGCAGCAGUGAGGAGUGGCUAAUGUUUUCUUUCUUGAUGCUGAUGACUGCACCACUCUAGCUGGGUCAUGGGAGGGAAAGAAUAUUGUACUUGUGACAUUAGUUAUGCUGAAGAUAAAAUGUUACUGCUGUAAUUUGGGGAAGGAAGAGAAAGAGGUAUUGGUUAUUUUUUAUUUGUAGAUAUGGUUUGUUAUUAUUUGAAAGCCUAUUUAUAUACAGUGUUUCCUCUGUAUAUGUAUGUGCUACUGCAGUGAUGAAAAUAGCUUUAACACUUCAUUUUGAUCUGCUGAAUGCAACAAGGGUAGAAAUAUAUAUUGUAAUAAAGACAAUAAUAAAUUUUUUCCUGACUUUUCUA